AUGAGUACACUAACAUUCUUCAGCAUCUCAAAGCAGUGUCACAUGAGUACACUAACAUUCUUCAGCAUCUCAAGGCAGUGUCACAUGAGCACACUAACAUUCUUCAGCAUCUCAAGGAAGUGUCACAUGAGUACACUAACAUUCUUCAGCCUCUCAAAGCAGUGUCACAUGAGUACACUAACAUUCUUCAGCAUCUCAAGGCAGUGUCACAUGAGCACUAACAAUCUUCAUUCGUCAAGCAUCUCAAUAGCAGUGUCACAUCGAGCACGACAAUUAUUCAGCAUCUCAUGGCAGUGUCACAUGAGUACUACUUCCAUUCUUCAAGCAUCUCAGCAGCAUUCAAGGGCAGUGUCACAUGAGCACACUACCAUUCUUCAGCAUCUCAAGGCAGUGUCACAUGAGUACACUACCAUUCUUCAGCAUCUCAAAGCAGUGUCACAUGAGCACACUAACAUUCUUCAGCAUCUCAAAGCAGUGUCACAUGAGUACACUACCAUUCUUCAGCAUCUCAAGGCAGUGUCACAUGAGCACACUAACAUUCUUCAGCAUCUCAAAGCAGUGUCACAUGAGUACACUACCAUUCUUCAGCAUCUCAAAGCAGUGUCACAUGAGUACACUAACAUUCUUCAGCAUCUCAAGGCAGUGUCACAUGAGCACACUACCAUUCUUCAGCAUCUCAAAGCAGUGUCACAUGAGCACACUACCAUUCUUCAGCAUCUCAAAGCAGUGUCACAUGAGCACAUUAACAUUCUUCAGCAUCCCAAGGCAGUGUCACAUGAGUACACUACCAUUCUUCAGCAUCUCAAAGCAGUGUCACAUGAGCACACUAACAUUCUUCAGCAUCUCAAAGCAGUGUCACAUGAGUACACUACCAUUCUUCUCAAGAUCUCAAGCAGUGGUCACAUGAGCACACUUACCAUUCUUCAGCAUCUCAAACGCAGUGUUCAUGAGCAUCUCAAGGCAGUGUCACAUGAGCACACUAACAUUCUUCAGCAUCUCAAAGCAGUGUCACAUGAGUACACUACCAUUCUUCAGCAUCUCAAAGCAGUGUCACAUGAGCACACUAACAUUCUUCAGCAUCUCAAAGCAGUGUCACAUGAGUACACUACCAUUCUUCAGCAUCUCAAGGCAGUGUCACAUGAGCACACUAACAUUCUUCAGCAUCUCAUGGCAGUGUCACAUGAGCACACAAAUUCUUCAGCAUCUCAUGGCAGUGUCACAAUGAGCACACUACUAUUCUUCAGCAUCUCAAGGCAGUGUCACAGGAGCACAUUGACAUUCUUAAGCAUUUUAUGGCAGUCACAUGAGCACACAAAUUCUUCAGCAUCUCAUGGCAGUGUCACAUGA